UCCAACGAAACAAGCUAUGUGUAGACCAACCUAGUCAUCAAAGUAAUAGUGAGUUUUCAAAUAAAUAAAUCAACCAAACAGGUCAUUAGGUGCAGAAGCACCGAUCAUGAUGAGGUAUUAUUAUUGCCGUAUCGUCGUCGUUUUCUUCUUCUUCAUAUGGAUUAAGGACCUGUUUGGCCGCGCCGAAGCUUCACCCGUCGAAUUUCUCCCUGGAUUUGACGGCCCUCUUCCAUUUCAUCUCGAAACCGGAUAUAUUGGAGUAGAUGAAGGAGAAAACGUGGAGUUGUUUUAUUACUUUGUACGGUCAUCGUCUUCAUCAAAUGGAAAUGAUGAUCCAUUGAUUCUAUGGUUAGUUGGUGGGCCUGGCUGCUCUGGACUUUCUGCACUCCUUUAUGAGAUAGGGCCUCUAUUUAUUGACAAGGGAGAAGACGAGGGCUUGCCAAAGCUAUCUUUGAAUCCUUAUGCAUGGACAAAGUUAACAAACAUCAUAUUUUUGGACUUGCCUGUCGGAACGGGCUUUUCGUAUGCCAAAACACUCAAUGCUGCCCAUUCGACUGGCUCGCAAUCUUGCCAUCAAGCUUAUCAAUUUCUUCGAAAGUGGUUAAUCGAUCAUCCAGAGUUUGCAUCGAAUCCAUUCUACAUUGGAGGGAGCUCAUACACCGGCAUGACGGUGCCCUUUAUUGCUCGGUUAAUAUCCGAUGGGAAUGAGGCGGGAGUUGAGCCUCGGAUCAACAUCAAGGGAUAUGUGUUGGGCAACGGCGCAACAUUCCCGGACGAAGGGAACUACAAGAUACCAUUCGCUCACGGGAUGGGACUAAUAUCCGAUGAACUCUAUGAGUCGUUAAUGCAAACUUGUGAAGGGAACUACGUGAAUGUAGAUUCUAGCAACCAUCCGUGUUUGGAUAAUCUCGACACUUUCCAUCAGUUGGUGGAUGAUUUGUCUGGUGAACAAAUUUUAGACCCAACGUGCGAACGUAUAGAUUCAAGAUCUUCACGCAAUGGGCAUCGAGUACUUUACAAUGAAGAGCGAAUUUGCACUAAAAAAUGUUAUACUUAUAGGCAUCAAUACGUUCCUAUUUGGGCUAACAAUCCUAGUGUGCAAGAAGCCCUACAUAUUCGAGAGAAUUAUAAUAUGCGUAGGGGAGCAUUGUUGGAUUGUGGGAGCGAUGUAACCGUAGUUUGCCUUACACUAAUGGGACGUGGGAUAGCACUCCUAUUCACGCGUAUCUUAGCACGAAAGGCUAUAGAUCACUUAUAUAUAGCGGUGACCACGACAUGGUUAUGCCUUUCCUUUCGACGCAAGCGUGGAUUAGAUCUCUUAACUAUUCGAUUAUGGAUGAGUGGAGACAAUGGCUUGUACGUGGGCAAAUUGCCGGGUAUGUACACGAGGACUUACGCCAAUAACAUGACAUUUGCAACCGUCAAGGGAGGCGCCCAUGUAGCUCCGGAGAGCAACCCCGAGGAAUGUUUUGCGAUGUUCGAAAGAUGGAUUUCUUACAAGCCUCUCUAAUAUUAUCGGAAAAGUUGUGUAAGCUUGCGUGGAGCUUGUCUAAGUUGUGUUAUGUGUUGAAAUGCCGAUUUGAUCCAUUGAACUAUUUUAUCGAAUAGUAUUGAACGUGUUCAAUAAUCUAGGGUACUUGUUGAACUAUGUAAGAUGCUCGACUCAUAGACAUAAGAUUGUGUUAUUUUAUUAUUUUAUUUAUUUAUUUUUAAUAGUGUUGGAAUCCA